CCCCGCUUUCAACCUGGCUGAAGUCUCAAAAACCUCCGAUAGUUCCACUCUAAACCUCUCUAUUUCCUUGUUUUUGUUGUUCUUCAGUGUGUCAAGACUUAGGAAUUUAAGCAAUGGAUGAUAACUUGUAUGAUGAGUUUGGGAACUACAUUGGCCCUGAGAUUGAGUCCGACCAGGAGAGUGAAGGCGAGGAAGAAGAAGAAGAAGAAUUCCCUGACAGGCAUGCCCAAGAGGAGGGAGAAGAAUCUGAUGGUGAGGCUCCACCUGGUGCAUCUAAUGGGUGGAUUACUGCUGCUAAUGAUGUUGAUAUGGAUAAUCAGAUUGUUCUUGCUGAGGACAAGAAGUAUUACCCCACUGCUGAAGAGGUUUAUGGUGAGGAUGUUGAGACCUUGGUUAUGGAUGAAGAUGAGCAGCCUCUCGAACAACCUAUUAUUAAGCCUGUUAAGAAUGUCAAGUUUGAGGUUGGAGUCAAGGAUUCUUCAACUUAUGUGUCAACCCAGUUUCUUAUUGGUCUGAUGUCAAAUCCGGGUUUGGUCCGCAAUGUUGCUCUUGUUGGACACUUGCAGCAUGGGAAGACUGUGUUUAUGGACAUGUUGGUUGAGCAAACGCACCAUAUGAACACUUUUGAUGAAAAUAGUGAGAAGCACAUGAGAUACACUGAUACGAGAAUUGAUGAGCAAGAGAGAAGGAUAUCUAUCAAGGCAAUCCCAAUGUCACUUGUCCUUGAGGACAGUAACUCAAAAUCCUAUCUCUGUAACAUCAUGGACACUCCAGGUCAUGUGAAUUUUUCUGAUGAAAUGACUGCUGCUCUUAGGCUUGCUGAUGGUGCUGUGUUAAUUGUUGAUGCUGCUGAAGGAGUGAUGGUAAACACUGAGAGAGCUAUACGUCAUGCAAUACAGGAGCGCCUACCUAUUGUAGUUGUAAUAAACAAAGUUGACCGGCUGAUAACAGAACUUAAGUUGCCCGCCAAGGAUGCUUACCAUAAGCUAAGGCAUACCCUGGAAGUAAUCAAUAACCACAUAUCUGCCGCCUCUACAACCGCUGGUAAUGUUCCAGUUAUUGAUCCUGCUGCUGGAAAUGUUUGUUUUGCUAGUGCAAGUGCAGGAUGGUCCUUCACUUUGCAGUCAUUUGCAAAAUUAUAUGUCAAACUCCAUGGAAUUCCAUUUGAUGCUGAGAAGUUUGCAUCUCGUCUUUGGGGAGAUAUUUAUUAUCAUCCUGAUACGAGGGCUUUUAAAAGGAAACCCCCUGCUGGUGGAGGAGAACGAUCAUUUGUUGAAUUUGUGCUUGAACCCCUUUAUAAGAUAUAUAGCCAGGUGAUUGGUGAACAUAAGAAGAGUGUGGAGUCAACUCUUGCAGAGUUGGGCGUCACUCUUAGCAAUGCCGCUUACAAGUUAAAUGUAAGGCCUUUACUAAGGCUGGCUUGCAGUACAGUUUUUGGGUCAGCCUCAGGCUUCACUGAUAUGCUGGUUCAGCAUAUACCAUCUCCCAAGGAUGCUGCAGUUAAGAAGGUUGAUCAUGCAUAUACAGGACCUAAACAUUCUAUGAUUUACAAAGCCAUGGUUGAUUGUGAUCCUUCUGGCCCCCUAAUGGUUAAUGUGACCAAACUAUAUCCCAAGUCAGAUUGUAGCGUUUUUGAUGCUUUUGGUAGAGUUUAUAGUGGUAGAAUUCAAACAGGGCAGACUUUGAGAGUGCUGGGAGAAGGCUAUUCACCAGAUGAUGAGGAGGACAUGACAGUAAAAGAAGUAACCAAAUUAUGGAUCUACCAAGCUCGAUAUAGAAUACCCAUAAGCAGUGCUCCUCCUGGUUCUUGGGUUCUCAUUGAAGGUGUUGAUGCUUCAAUUAUGAAAACUGCCACCCUCUGUAAUAUGGAUCUUGAUGAAGAUGUGUAUAUAUUCCGGCCUUUACAGUUUAAUACUCUUCCUGUUGUAAAAACAGCUACUGAGCCAUUAAAUCCUAGUGAGUUGCCCAAAAUGGUGGAAGGGCUUCGGAAAAUCAGCAAAAGCUAUCCUUUGGCUAUUACUAAAGUUGAGGAAUCUGGUGAGCACACUAUAUUAGGUACUGGAGAGUUGUACUUGGACUCAAUUAUGAAGGACCUUAGGGAGCUCUAUUCUGAGGUGGAAGUUAAGGUGGCAGAUCCUGUUGUCUCAUUCUGUGAAACAGUGGUGGAGUCUUCAUCAAUGAAAUGCUUUGCUGAAACACCCAACAAGAAGAAUAAAAUAACCAUGAUUGCAGAGCCAUUGGAGAGAGGUCUUGCAGAGGACAUUGAGAAUGGUGUUGUAAGUGUUGAUUGGAGUCGGAAGCAACUUGGUGACUUCUUCAAGACAAAAUAUGACUGGGAUUUGCUUGCUGCACGUUCCAUCUGGGCAUUUGGCCCUGAUAAGCAGGGACCUAACAUUUUAUUAGAUGAUACACUCCCUACUGAAGUUGACAAGACAUUGUUGGGUGCUGUCAGGGAUUCUAUUGUCCAAGGGUUUCAGUGGGGUGCUAGAGAAGGACCUCUCUGUGAUGAACCAAUUAGAAAUGUCAAGUUCAAAAUAGUAGAUGCAAGGAUUGCAUCUGAGCCAUUGCAUCGAGGAUCUGGACAGAUCAUCCCCACAGCUCGACGUGUGGCCUAUUCAGCUUUCCUUAUGGCGACCCCUCGACUUAUGGAACCAGUAUAUUAUGUGGAGAUACAAACGCCAAUCGACUGUGUCUCUGCUAUCUAUACGGUCUUGUCUCGUAGGCGUGGCCAUGUUACGGCUGAUGUCCCACAGCCUGGAACGCCAGCUUAUAUUGUGAAGGCAUUUUUACCUGUGAUAGAGUCAUUUGGAUUCGAGACAGAUCUAAGGUACCACACGCAAGGGCAAGCUUUUUGUCUCUCAGUAUUUGACCACUGGGCCAUAGUUCCUGGAGAUCCCCUGGACAAGAGCAUAGUUUUGCGGCCUCUCGAACCUGCACCAAUCCAGCACCUUGCUCGGGAGUUCAUGGUUAAGACAAGGCGUAGAAAGGGAAUGAGUGAAGAUGUGAGCAUCAACAAGUUCUUUGACGAGGCUAUGGUGGUGGAGCUGGCUCAGCAGGCUGCUGAUCUUCAUCAGCAGAUGAUAUAGCAGAAGCAAAUGUGGACUAUGUAACAGGAUAGCAUACAAUGUGUUUGUCAUGUUUCCUGGAAGCGCUUACCAAUGAUAUUUAUAAAAUGUUUUCUAGUUUCUAGGAUAGUUCAGUACUUGCCUGCCAAGAUGGUUGCUCACUUUAAAGAUAAAUCCCGUUUUCAAGCGAUGCAGUGGGCUCAAACUUGACAAGUUAACAAUGUUCAUUUUUACUUGCACACUGCUAGACUCCAGAUUACAGGCCAUUGGUAGAGUUUGAAUUUGUUUAGAAUUGUAGUUGUUUCAUUUUUGUUCUUUUGUCAUGUUAGAAGUGUUGUAACUUGUAAAGAGACUCGCAUAGCGCAGAGAAUCGAAAAACUUUUCAGCCUUAUUCUUCA